UCAUGAUCACCCCGCUUUGAUCUUCUCGACUCUUCAGCGGAAGAGCUCCAACAAACUGCCUCAUUCGAAUGCCUGAAAUCCAAGCAAUUGCGGAACUUUCGUGGCCAUGGGGUGUAUAUAAAUAGACCGACGGUCAUUCCCCUCUCCGGUUCAACCCAACACCCCCCAUUCCAACACACACCAUCGCAACCGACCCCGUUACCUCGGCUUCAACCCUCUGUACACAGAAAGAUACUCACAAUGUCUUCCAACAAGGCUGUCCUGUCCGCAAACCCCUACACCGAAGUACACACGGCCCCCAGCCGCUGCAUCUGCACCGCGGAGUCCAAGACCGGGAACUACUGGGACGACGAGCCCCUCCGGGCACAAAUCCUCAAGGCCCAGGAAAACCAGCGGAAGGAGUGGUGGAUCCCCCGGCCCGGGCAUUCCCUGGACCUGUGGGCGCAGCUGCUCUGCGACACGUUCGGGCUGGCGGGCGACGGAGAGGUCCUGCCCGACGAGCUCGACGACACGCUGCCCGCGAACGUGGUGGCGGCGGAGAUCUACAACGCGCGGUACCCGUUGACCGGGAUCGUGCGGUACUUCCGGCUCUCGGAGUGCGUCCAGAGGCCCCUCUGCCGCUUGACGGACUGUGCGCUCGUGGUGAUCGAUCUGGUCCCCGGGAACCAUUCGGAGCUGGUGCGGGAGGCGUUCCCCGAGCGCGCGAGGACGCUGGAUCGUCUCAUCCGGAGCAGCACCCACAAGGAGGAGGAGACCGAGAAGCUAGACAAGGAGGAGCACGAAGUGGAGAAGGAGCCGGUGAAGUCGUUCGUCGAAUACCCCUUCAUCCGCGUCUUCUGCGCCUGGGGCGACAAGGAGCGCCUGGACCCGUCGCUGGACGAGGUCAAGGAACUCGUCGCCCAGAUGGGGAUGACGGACGAAGCGCGCAAGACGUGCCGGGCGUUCUUGCUUGCCAAGUGCUCCAGGGUCGGCGUCUAUACGUGGGAUCGGAGUGUGGUUCAAGACCGCCCGACGAAGGAUCCCGCCUCGCUGCCCCUGCGCACCCACCCGGAGCAAGGGGAUGAUCCCUUCCUUUGCCUGGUGGAUGACCGUGAGCGGGUGUCAAAGAUCGUGCAGCAGCUGGCGAGGGAGGUGCGUGCGAUCUGUAAGCUGGCGGCAUUCUGGUGAGUCCUCUUUUCCGAGGGCUUUUCCUGUUUCUGUCUUUCCUGGCUGUCGAUUACUGUAGCUUUUGCUCCAAUCCAUGUGAUUAUAGUCAUGACUUUUCUUCCUAUCUCCGUUUCUUUCUCUUGUCUUUUUCUUCCUUUCAUUCUGCUGUCUGUUAGAACUCACUCGUGUUGGAUGUUCUUAAGAUUCUCCCUUCCUCUUCCUCUUUUUCUUCCUCUUUUUCUUUGUACAGUGCCUGGAGCGUUCCUCAUGACUGGACGUUGCUCCGCGUCGAAGGUCCCUUCAAUUCUCGCUACCACAGCUGAUGUGAAAACAGGUUGACGUAGCUGGGGGUGUAAAUCAUCAUGCUUGCAUCGUCCCAGACAAGAGUCUUUGCUAUGCGAAUCUGCACGGAGACGCCUACAAGACAUGCUU